AUGCAAAAUAUUAUAAGAGUGCUCUCAGCCGGUGAAGGUUUGCUUUGGUUUGCUAUAAGUAACUGUCUUCGGUAUGGCAGAGAGAAGCAGAGUCUGAAGGGAGAGCAGACGUGCGGAGUAGAAUGCACUUAUCCUAAAAAGGGCGAGGCUCGGAGGGCGGUUGCACGAGUCACACUCGCCAUUGUUGUAUAUCAAACGCCCACAGAGUCAAUCGCACAGCCAUUUUUGGUGUUUGGGGAUGGAUCAGGUUCUCAAACGAUGAAUGGCUGGAGGGGCAUAGUGGCUUGCUUAAAGAAGCUACUUUUAAUGGUGCCGAGUACGCCUAGCAGCAGAGGAAGUGAAAUUCUCGGCACCUUCGAAUUCAAGAAUGGAAGAAAAGGAAGUGGCUUACGUGCCGCUUCCUCGAACAACGAUGACAGGAUGCCAUUCAAUCUACCAAACAAAAUUGAGAGGUGUCAGUUACACCUCCGAACAUUAGAGCCAGACAAAGCGGCGCGAUAUAGUAGUAGUUACAAUUCCAGUGGUGUGGCAGAGGAGCAGAGUCUGAAGGGAGAGCAGACGUGCGGAGUAGAAUGCACUUAUCCUAAAAAGGGCGAGGCUCGGAGGGCGGUUGCACGAGUCACACUCGCCAUUGUUGUAUAUCAAACGCCCACAGAGUCAAUCGCACAGCCAUUUUUGGUGUUUGGGGAUGGAUCAGGUUCUCAAACGAUGAAUGGCUGGAGGGGCAUAGCAAGAAAAAUAACGUGUCCGGGCAGUGGCUUGCUUAAAGAAGCCACUUUUAAAGGAAGGCUUCCAGGAAUGUUCAAAUGGAAGCCGAUAGAGCCUACGAAACAGGCUUACAGAGUGAUCAAGAAGGGCGAUUACUCUACCAUUGGUGAAUAUUUGUUUUGUGAAUGUAGAAAAAUGGACUUCUCUGGAAAUCGGGCUUCACUUGGCCCGACUAUCAGCAAUCACCACCAUUUGGCGGUAGAAGUUCUUGCCCAUGAAUGUGCCCGAAAAAGCGAUGAGCGUCAUCAAUAA